ACUGUACUUAAAUUGCAUAUUUGCACAAAAAACUAAUGUAGGAUCUGCACUAUGAGGCUUCUAUGAAGAAAGCUGGAUCUGGGUAUCAUUGGAAGCUUGGAAUCGAGGAUGGUGUGAAGCCUUAGGUGUACAAUAAAGAGCAUGGGAAGCUAUUUUCUAACUAGUUCAAUGCGUCAAUGGGCUGCAAACUUUCAUUUGCAACACAUUGUAUAUUACAGAAUUGGGUUUUGACUUCAAUGUACUAGAAGGACAUUGUCCUACUAGUCUUUUGAGGGACUAUUCUCCUUGUUCCCUCCGUUUCAAUUUUACUUUCAUGAUCACCAGAAUUUUUAUUGAUAAUUGUCUUUUUUAACUAUCUCAGUACCUCUAACACUCGUAUUCAAGUUUUUUCAAGUGUUAUUCUCCCAGAAAAAAAGAUGCCUCUUAAAUGCAAGGAUCUUCUCUCUUUCUGUACCGUGGAGGAAUGGAGAUUGGGUGUAUACUUAAUGAACUUCUAUCUUCCCCCAUAUUUAUAUCAACAAGUAUUGAUGUUCUUGUGUUUAAAAUCUUGGCAUUUAUAGUUGCUUAUAACAUGUAUUUGUACAGUGAAUAAUAGUAAAAUCUUAUACUUGUUCAUCCUACAUUUUCCUUACUUUCAUAAGAACAUUUAGUUACGUUUCAAUGUUUUUUGUUUCGAUUAUAGGUCCAUGCUAUUGAGAGAACCCCAUCCGUCAGUGAGUUGAAUGAAAUUCUUUGUUGGGCAGUGGCUGUUGAUUCAGGAUUCCCUCCUCUCCAGCAAAAGAAAUAGCCUAUAUCAGGUUCAGAGAAGGGUACAAAGCAAAGUAAUCCCAGUAAUCAGAUCGCAAAACGAGUUAAUACAGCUACUGAUCAUCAGUUAUCUCAAAAAUCUCAAGAUAUAUCAUUAACUCAAGGACCUGUUGAUAGUAAUGGUAAUAAUAGCAACAGAGAUAGUGAUCCAUUUUUAAAGAUAGGUAGCAAUGUGGUGCCUGUACACAUGAACGGUGGUGAGAGGAGCCAAUCAUUUUCUUAUGCAAAGAAUGUGAUGGUGUAUGUUGGCUUUGAGAAUGAGUACCCCCGCGCGUCAUCGUUUCUUGUUAAAUGCAAACCAUCUAACCGAACUUGGAUCUUUAUAUUCUUUCUCCGAAGAAUCUCGCAGAUCUUCUUCUAUGGAUCCUACUGGCAGAAAUCAGGCUUAUCAUGCUAAAGUCAGCAAGAAUGCUUCCCGGGGCAAAGUGCAUCGAUGCUUAAAUGAAAUUCAUGGUGCUUUCAUAAAUAAGGAAAGAGAUGUGACCAAAUUAAGUUAAAUGAUUGCUAACAGUGAUUUGACUUCAGAUGGACUAAUAUAUACUUCCAUUCCACCAAAUGAACACAAUUUGGCAUAUGUGGUUGAGUUGGCAAAGACCCUGAAUCAUGCAAAAGAAUUUGGGAAGGAUCUUCAAGCUAUUAAUAUGGAUGGUGAUGAUCUUGCAUUCUCGAUGUUGAACCGCAACUUGCCUAUCUACAUGAUAUGUCCGCACUGCAGGAAUUAUAGGCAUAAGAAAGAUACACCAAAGGUUAAGUUUGCCAGUGGUAUCUCACAGCUUAAGAGAAUAUUCAUGGUUACACCUCCAUUACCUGUGAUCCUAGCAACAUGCCCUAACAUACAAUUCGAGACAUCAUGCCUACCUAUGUCAGUUCCAGAUCGUGAAUGAAAAUUGCAGUUUAGCCUUGGAUGUCAAGUGAUCCUACCACCAGAGAGUUUCUUUACCCUUAAAUUAGCAUUCGUAUAUGGUGUGUAGCUUGAUAAUGGAAACAAGCAUCCUCUUAACUCCUUUGAAAUACAACCAGAAAUGACUGCCUGGAUUACCAAGGGUACAGUACUGUAGAUCUUGUCCAAGGGGAUCAAAGAUGAGAGUAAUCAAACACAGUAAAAGCUUGUUAAAAUCUUUGGGUGGCAUUGCUAGAGUGAAAAAGGAACGAUGUCCAUAGCUUCUCCAAAACUCAGGACAAGAGACUUUGUGGAUGAUGAGUGUGGUCCAGGUGGAUGAAACUUCUUAGCUGCACUCGGAAACAUAGUAUGU